CGGGAGAGCGGAGCCCGAGCGGAGUACGGGGAGGCGCAUGUGAAUCUCUCCAAAUAUCCAUAUAUAUAUGUAGCAUCUCCGCCCGGCUCCGCGGGCGCGGAGGGGUGGUGUCGGUGCAGCCGGGCUCGUUGCCGGCCAGCCGCGCCGCCUCGGUGGGUUGCAGGCGGGAGGCAGCGGUGGCCUUUCGUCGGAGGGAGAUGCCGGUGACCCCCGUUAGAUGAAACUGCUCCUAAAGCACUUGGCAUUUCUGUCCGUUCGCCCAAGGCUCUGGAUUGGCGUCACCAUGACAUGGUGAAGCUGAAGACAGGAGCUGGAAACGAUUCUUCUGUCUCAGAUUUGAGAAGCCCGUGAAUCUGUCGACACUCUGUUCCUCCAGCAUGGCUAAGAGCGCGGAAGUGAAACUGGCAAUCUUUGGUCGAGCUGGCGUGGGCAAGUCAGCUCUCGUUGUACGUUUCCUGACCAAACGGUUCAUCUGGGAGUAUGACCCGACACUAGAGUCUACAUAUCGUCACCAAGCUACCAUUGAUGAUGAAGUGGUCUCCAUGGAGAUACUAGACACAGCUGGUCAGGAGGAUGCUAUUCAGAAAGAAGGACAUGUCCGGUGGGGUGAAGGCUUUGUGCUGGUCUACGACAUCACAGACAGAGGCAGCUUUGAGGAAGUGCUGCCACUUAAGAACUUGUUGGAUGAAGUUAAAAAACCCAAGAAUGUCACUCUGAUCUUGGUGGGGAACAAAGCAGAUCUGGAUCACUCCAGGCAGGUCAGCACAGAGGAAGGUGAAAAGCUGGCCACAGAACUAGCAUGUGCAUUUUAUGAGUGCUCUGCUUGCACAGGUGAAGGCAACAUUAUGGAGGCCUUCUAUGAGCUCUGUCGUGAGGUACGGCGUCGAAAGAUGGUGCAGGGCAAGACUCGGAGACGGAGCUCCACCACCCAUGUCAAGCAGGCUAUUAACAAGAUGCUUACCAAAAUCAGCAGCUAAAAAGAGCUGCAUUAAGCCAGAGAAGCAUUAUAGAGCAUAUUAGCUUGGAGCAGGGAGGAAGCAAGCAGGGCACAUUUUAAUAAAGGAUGGUCAAAGCUUUGCUAUUAAAAAAAAUAGAAAAGACAAACCACACCACUAUCCUUUUUGAGUAACAUGGGUCAGACCUUUUCCUGUUUCAAAAUGCAUUUAGCCACACUGCUUCUGGCUAACAUUAAAAACAAAACAAAACAAACAAAAAAACUCCAAAGGCCUAAAUGAUUGUGGGGGAUUGGCACUGACAGAACAUCUUCUGCUUCUACAAUGCUGGCUCCAAUUCCACCCAAGUUAGUAGUGCCUAAAUAUCAUUUCCAGCCAGCCGGCUACACAGUAGCCAUUGGGGAAUAAGACUUAGUUCUCAGUCCAGCAACAACCAUCACAAUUGAUAUUCUGUAUGACUGAAUACGCUUAGAGGCUGCUGUGUUGUACCAGAAGGUUCACCUGAUACCUUUCACCAGCUCUAAAUUGGCGCAAUGUGUGCUUUUACUCCAAACUGUCCUUGCUCGUGUUAUUUUGUCAACUCUGUGACUGCCGAUGUAUGCAAGGUAUGCAAAAAAUAUAGGAAAGGUCUUUUUCAGACCCUAUAGUAUGUUUAGCCAGCAGGACACACAUUUCAACAGGUUUGAAGUUCAGUUGCUUUUCCAUAUCCUCUGAAACAGCAGAACUCAUCAAGAAAUAAUUAGCUGGUCCAGCGGCAUUUCAGCAUUUUCCCCUCUAAGUGUAGUAUACUUGGGGGAAUUGGACUGUAUGUGCUGCAGAAUCAAACUAAAAAAAAAAAAAUAUAUUACUGUUGAUUUAGUUAUGGGUAGUUUAUAGCUCUUGUUUAUAUUUUUGCUUUUGGUCUUACUUCAAUUCAAGUAGUUCCUCCUCCUCCUCUGUCUUCUAUUGAAAAAGAACCGAAACCAUGGGAAAGGCAAGUAUUUAAAGUCUCAAAUGUAAAUCAGAUGUAAAUGACCUUUACUGUAUCAAAAGGCCAUAACUUCCAGCUGUUUAAACUUCCAGAUGUUGUUUGAAGUAAUCUGUGGUUUAAACAGGCACAAGUUUUGUAAUUUUAUUUGGUACAUUCAAGUUAAAGUGCAUUUUAUCAGGUUUUGGUGCCUGGGAUACGAAGCAUCCCUUUUUUUUUCUCUUCCUCCUCCCUGUGCCUCUUGUUUAAGCCAGCUGUCAGGUUUUCCCUCCUGUCUACUUGGCUUGUUGACUGUAUUAUUGAGGCCUUCUUCCAGAAGAAGCAAGAGAUAAAGAACUAGGACUGGGGAGAUUUUCAGGUUGUGGCUCUUACCAGUUAUGUUGCAGCCCUUUAGGCAUCUCAGUUUGGCAUUGUGUAGAACCAUAGCCAAAGGAUGGAGUGACAAAUAGGGAUAUUACUGGUAUUCUCCUUUGAAGAGCAGCCCUCUCAUAGCAAACUGCUCACAUCUAUUCUCCACUGCUAUGCACUUUGUAUGGUUAUUUGCCUCAGUGAAGAAAGAACACCAGAAAUUCAUCAAACAAAAUUUACCACAAAUGUAGAAGAGUAAGGAUAAUUGAUUGGACAGCACUAUAUACAGUUAUAAUAAGCCACAUAAAUGGUGGAACGGACUGGAUAAUCAAGCCUGUAUAUUCCUGUGAACAGAGAAAAGUCCUAAAUUAGGCCUUUUCAAUAGGAUUGACUUAAAGGUACUUCACCAAAGUAAAUUUCAUUAAAACAUUCUCUCACUCACAUCUCUAACCCAAUCAACACUAAAGAACAUCACUUUCAAAUGUACAUUUUAUUUGGGAUGUUAUUUAUUUUCUCUGUUUACCCUCAUCUAGGUAGUGAAAAUUCAUUCACUCCUUUGGAAUCAGUGUCUGUAUUUUCCCUCAUGUGCAGAUAUGCCGCUGUACAUCAGCUACAGACACUGCCGUCAAAACUUCACUGUGUCGUUCUGGGCAGGAUGUUCUGGCAACAGAUGAAAUGCCACAAUCUCUUUGACACAUCUGUUCUCAAAUUAUUGGUCAUCUCUAACUUCUGUAAAAAGUCAGAUUUUGCCUUUUUAGUCUUGUUAGUAAUGCAGAAUCAAUGCAAGUGUAAGAGAAUAAGCUAGUAUCUAUUCGUGCAGCAGAAGUCAUUAGCUGAAUUUGCAAUCGUGUAUAACAUCAGAAGUGAGAGUGAGCAUUUGUCCAGGCACCAAGUCAUUCUGUUAUCUUUAAAAUCAGUGAAGUUGCACAAAUCUGAAACAAACAAAAUCUUUACGUGUAAAUCCCAUGGCAGCAGAGUUGACAAGGAAAGUUAUUAUUUCAGUAUUCUAAGCAAUUGAUUUUAUCCCUCUCUAGGCAAUAUGAACUGUUUUUUUUCUCUCUCUCUAAAAGCCUGUCCUAGGUUUCAGAGUAGAGCUGCAUUUCAAAUACAAAAAGGUAAUAAAUGAAUUACGACAGAAAAUAAAUUAAUUAUAUUCAUACUGGGAGAGCUGAAAGGAAAGAGAAGCUAAGUUAUGGCCCUAAUAUUUUCCAAAAGAAUCUCAGCAAGUUACAUCUUUGCUUACACUGUCUGGUAUGGGGAAGUCAUAAAAUCAUGGUGAAAGAAAAUGUUCCACUGUGCAAACAUGACUUAUUACAUAAAGAACCUCUAAUAAAAAUAGUAACAUUCCUUUGCAAAGACUGAAUUUGGAACUGCCGAAUAUGAUAAACAUUCAGUUAAAAAGGAGGCUUCUAUUUUGUGACCCUUCCUCCCACACAAACACAGAUUUCUUUACUUAAUUGCUCAUUAAUUUUUUUUUCCUCUGUGUAGUGGGCUGCUUGUCAAGCCAAUUAUAAUAUAGUAUAUUAUAACCUGUUGAUACAUACUACAUAGUAUUAAAUGCAAUCUGAUUUACUGUUGCUCACAGUGUUGCAACAUAUUAUCAGCUAUGCUCUAAAAAUGUCCUAUUUCUACAAUGUGCAAAUUGAGCCAAAAUGUGCUGAAGCAUUGAAAAGGCCAAAUGCAACAUGAACCCAAAUUCAGUAGCUUUUCCACAGCAGACGUGAACAGUUUAAAUUCUGUUUCUACUACUGCUAUUUAAAUGUACAUAUGACACUAGCAUUAAAUUCCUCUCUUCUACCCUUUUCGUUUCUGUGGGGAAAAGUUGAGAACAAAGAGAAACAAAAAGGGGGAAGAAAGGUGAGAUGGACACUUGUUUCCUACAACAAGUUGAUUGCCAUUUAUGAAGUUUUUAAAUAUUUAUCUUCAAUUGAUGAAGAGUUAGUCAUGGCCAUGCUGCAAGACCUGGAUCAGGAACCAAAACUUCCCUAGAACUUUAAGAAUCUUCAUAUCUGGGGAUUCAGUGCAACUAAUGAUGAGAGUGAAGGACAGCCAUUAGGUUUGCACUUGGAUCCUGAAAAGUUGUCCCCAAACCUGGGGAUAGUUGCAUCUGGCAGUUUGCUACAAGGCUAUUUGUUUUUUAUAUAUAUAAUGAUCUGUAUGCAUUUUUACAUUAAAAAAUAUGAAAGCUUGUGCUUGUAGAUAAUAUAUAAGAAAAUAUAAAAAUAAAGAUAAAAAUUAGUGCUAUCUGUA